AUGCAACCAUCAGCGCCGAGCACCACGCGGUGGGCAUCGCUACCAACUGAAAUACGCCAGCAAAUACUAAGCCACGUAGGCUUGCCUAUCCUUUGGGAGCGAAAUAGCAACCAGAGCCCUCCAAGGGUGGCCCGUUUUGCUACUAUAUGCCGGGAAUGGCAGGUGUUCUUUGAGGCUUGCACGUUUCGGCGUCUUGUCCUUAAUACCGAGAAUCUCGAAUGUUUUAACAUGAUCAUCAGACGAGAUUCUACUCGUUUAAAAUAUACGAGGAAUAUUUGGCUGCGCAUCCAGCUCCCGCAUUAUUCGUGUCCCAAGUGCGAGGUACCAGAGGAUGAGUUUGAGAAGCAAAUCAACAACGUGAUCUUCACAUAUAGCAUCCGGUCCCUGCUGGAAACUCUCAAGCUCUGGGAUCCCGCGAAGCAUGGCGCGAAGGGACUGGCACUGAUGGUGUCCGCGAUGUCACCCGACGAUACCUCGCAUCGACUUAUCAUUGGGGACAUGCAACCCAACUAUCCAUUCCACCCCGCUGAAGAUCCAGAUGUUCCGCCUGGUAUCGCUGAUGUCCACAGCUAUUACCAUAGGCGUUCAUGGUGUUUUUUAAUCCAUGAUGGCCACCUCCCCUCGCGGCAGGGCGGGCACAUCAAAAGGAUGCAGGGGACUCCGCUCCGUUUCGAGCCCAUCAGAAAUGAGACCGACCGCUUCAACGGUGAAUAUAUAAAUCUCCCCGCCGUGCCUAUGAUUAAAGGGCUGGUUAUGCGCAAGCAGCAUCGGAGGGAAAUUGACACGAGGUCGCUGGCUUGCCUACUUAGCCGAAGCCUUAUAUCGUUGGAAUGGUUCCGCCUCGAAAGAACUAUUCAUGCUGACAUUCUUCAGCAACUCUGUUUUGAACUAGGCUUUCAAACACACUUACUAACUUCUCUGCCGAAAACACUGCGUCAAUUCUCCUUCGUUCAAUGGAAGAUCCCGUCAGGUGAGCGUCGUGACGUUCGAAGAGGAGUAGGGACGGUGGUAACCCCAUAUUCUCUGGCCUACUUACCUCGGGAGAUGGCGAAGCUGUCUCAAAGACUAGAACGGUUUUGCCCGCCAUGGCAAACGGACACAGCUGCCUUCCUACAGUCUAUGAUUGACCUUGAAAAAUCACCUGCGACAGCUGGAAGCUCCCUGAAGCGCAUUAUCCUGCGCUUUGUGCCCACAAGGCCAGAAGCAAGCAGGCGAGAUUUCGAGUCGGUGGUGGUCCUCGCAGCUAAAGCGGCUCUAUUGCUCCCCCAACUGGAAGUCAUUGAGCUUUGGGCUACCCGCCUCGAAGAGAGAAGCUGCGAUGCAUACAUCUUCCGAUACAUUCAUAGCCUCAGCCGAGCUAAGAUCGUGUGGAGGAGCCCCGAACCGGCCACGGAGAUCCGGCCGCGGAUCAUCACCAAGUGGAACGAGGUGGCCAUGAAGCACGCACACUCAGUGCUCGAGCACAGAGUGAUCCCCUUUUCGGAGACGAGGGGACAAAUGUUCGACUCUGGUGGAACCUUCAUUUAUAAGCAUCUCCUGCUCAAAGAGUUGGCGUUUGAUCGGAUUACGCAGAUAAUCCUCGAGAGCGAGAUUUUUUACUGGCACUUGGGUGAUCCAAAUGAUGCAUCCAUAGAAGAUCAUCCUAUACUCAGACAGCUCGCAUUUUAUACGGCUGAGCACCUCGCCAAAUGUAUCGAGGCCCUUCCGACCGAAUUGAGCUGGUGA